AUUUAGUCAAUCAUUGCCCGUGAUAGCCGUAAGGUGUGUUCAUACUGCGACCGUGUUUCAUACGGUUGUUUUAUGUUGUAAAUAUUGAAAUCUUAAAGGCGAAUUCGAAAAUAUUUAUCCAAAACUUACUGAAAGGAUUACCGCUGUGUGUACGACAUCGCAUCGUUUUGGAUAUAACUGAACAAUUUAAUUUUUGUUGAAAAUUUCCUGCACUUUUUCUUUUUUGGAAUGGAAAGGAUUAAUAAUUGUGAUUGAAAAGAAAAUAUUGUUUGUGAUAAAAUAUUUGAAACUUGGUGCUUUUUAUUAUUUAAAACAAAAUCAAAAAAUUCGUAAAAAAAAAAAAUUAGAAACAAGAGAAACAAACAAACUGAAACUUUGUGAACGAACAGAAGGAUGUGUUUUGUUUGAAAAUAUUCUAAAAAAAAAACAAUCUUUCCAUUUCGUAAAAGUAACAUUCAACACUUUAUUGGACCGAACACUUUUAGUAUGUUUCAUUGAAACAUACAAAAUGUUACGAACGAUAUGGGUUUAUUGGACAUUACUAGCAAGUGGACUAAAGCUCAUCAAACCAACAAUACAAUCCAAUGUUAAGAACUUUUACACCAAGAACUGAUAGAAAAGAAAAACAUUUCUGUUCUUAUGUGACUACAAAUUGAUACAAUUUUGAUGAACUUUUCGUUUUGAUUUGAUUUAAUUUUUUUAAAUUUUUUUUUUGGAAGAAUUAUUUGGUUUUCUUCUCCAACAAAACUCUUUAUUUACGGGUUACGACGGUACGAUGUUAUUUAAAGUUUUCUAAACCGAAAAAAUUAAUUUUGUUACAUCACUUGGCAUAAAACUGUUACCAAUACCUAAAGCCCCAUAAUAUCUACAAUUGGAAAACAAAAAAUUAUUACUUUUUUUGAAACGAAAUGCAUGUGUUAAUAAAAUAAAGUGUUACAUGAUCGCCCAUUUAUAACGUUCAUUACUUAAAAUAUUUGUUUAAGUGAAUAUAGUUUGCUCAGACUUGGCAAAUACACACAAUUUUUACCGCAAGUUACCACAACCACAAAAGGAUUAUCAGUGAAUAAAUUUAAAUAAACCGCAAUCUCAAUAUUGUACAGUGUUGUUUAGUUUAUAUCCUCACACACAAGAAAGAAAGUUAAAAAAAGAAAGAAAAACAAACAAAAAACCCAAUCCGUCCCUUUUUAUCAAACAAUAUCAAAAAAAAUAACGAAAAAGAAAAAGAAUUUUGAUUUCUAUUUCAAACUGAAACUUAUGACAAAUUAAUUGAUUGUGCAACAUAGAAAUUAAGAAAUGUUAUUAGACAUGGAGCAACAAUCUUCGGCAGCGUUCAUGUCGUUCAAUCCAUUUUCGAUGAACCUAAAUGAAUCUGUCAGUCCGCCGCCGCAUGGCGGCAAUCAGGGCAGUAACAACAAUGCCACUGUAAAUGCAAUGCAACUUCCCCAAUAUACGUAUCCCGGUAGCAAUACCAUUAUCCAUUUGAAUUUAAAUAACAACAAUAACAAUAAUAAUAAUCCCGGAUCGGGACAGCAAUCGGGUCAGACCCAAAGCGCUAAUCAACAUCAACAGCAAACGCAACAACAACAGCAACAGCAUAAUAACUAUUCCAUAUACAAUUUUGAUUCACAGUAUAUGUUUCCAACAGGAUAUUCGGAUAAUCCGACGAACAUGAAUUCGGGACAACAAGGAUACAUACCGUUGUUACCGCCGGUUGGUACUGUUAUCAAUCCAUGUGAUCAAACUGAUUUAAAAGAUUGUAUCGAAGAAUUGUGUCCCGUUUGCGGUGAUAAGGUAUCCGGAUACCAUUACGGCUUGUUGACGUGCGAAUCGUGUAAAGGAUUUUUCAAACGAACUGUUCAAAAUAAGAAAGUAUAUACGUGCGUGGCCGAACGUCAAUGUCACAUUGACAAAACCCAACGGAAAAGAUGUCCGUACUGUCGUUUCCAAAAAUGUUUAGAAGUUGGAAUGAAGCUAGAAGCUGUACGUGCAGAUCGAAUGCGAGGCGGUAGAAAUAAAUUUGGACCAAUGUACAAACGUGAUCGAGCGAGAAAACUGCAAAUAAUGCGACAACGGCAAUUAGCAUUGCAAACGUUGCGCGCAGCAGAAGGUGGAAAUCCCUCACAACUAUCACCAAACGGUUUUCAGUCAUACUCACAUAUGAACAUUAAACAAGAAAUUCAAAUACCACAGAUUUCAUCACUGACUUCAUCAUCACCGGACUCGUCGCCCAGUCCAAUUGCUAUAGCUUUAGGCCAAGUAAGUGCAAGUGGCUUACAAACAGUUUUACCACUGGGCAGUCGAACGGGAAGUGGUGGUGGUAGCAGUAGCAAUGGUUCAACAAAUAUUCCUUCAACUACGUCCUCAACAACGGUACAAAAUACUGUAACGGAUUCAAAACUAUGGUUUGCAAAUUCAACAACGGCUUCACCCCAUUCACUUAGUCCUAAACAUUUUAGUUAUGACACUGGAACCAAUCCAACGAGCACGGCAGACACAGACCCUAUCGAACAGCCCCUUAGUGUCGCACAACCAUCCCAAAAACAAAAUUUACCGGCGAUUCAGUGGAAUGACUGGAAGAAUUCAAAUAGUUUGAACUUCCCCAGGGUGUCGCCGAUGAUACGAGAAUUUGUACAGUCAGUGGACGAUCGAGAAUGGCAAUCGCAGUUGUAUCAGUUGCUGCAAAGUCAAUCGUAUAAUCAAUGCGAAGUUGAUCUGUUUGAACUUAUGUGCAAAGUAUUAGACCAAAAUCUGUUCUCACAAGUCGACUGGGCACGAAACACUGUGUUCUUCAAGGAUCUCAAGGUGGAUGAUCAAAUGAAACUAUUGCAAAAUUCUUGGUCAGAUAUGUUAGUAUUGGAUCAUCUGCAUCAGCGGAUACACAACAGCUUACCGGAUGAAACGACGCUUCAUAAUGGCCAAAAAUUCGAUUUACUUGGUUUAGGAUUAUUAGGUGUACCUCAAUUGGCUGAUCACUUCAACGAGCUGCAAAACAAAUUACAAGAAUUAAAGUUCGAUGUUGGUGAUUACAUUUGUAUGAAAUUUUUGCUCCUAUUGAAUCCAGAAUUUGCGGAAGUACGAGGAAUUACCAAUAAAAAAACCGUUCAUGAGGGUUAUGACAAUGUCCAGGCUGCUUUAUUAGAUUAUACGUUGACAUGUUAUCCAUCUGUAACAGAUAAAUUUAGUAAGUUGCUCAGUAUUAUACCUGAAAUUCACACGAUGGCCGCACGCGGUGAGGAACAUCUCUACCUGAAACACUGUGCUGGCAGUGCGCCCACACAGACGCUGCUUAUGGAAAUGUUACACGCCAAGCGGAAAUAAUUUCCAGAAAGAAAACAACAAAUUCAUCAGCCACAAUAUCUUCUUGAGUCCAUAACGUUUAUUAAUCCGUGUCUCAAUAAAUCCACAACCGAUGUUUUGUCAACCACUAACAGUCAAUAUGCAUUACGAGUCAAACGUUUGCAAGCCACAUCAUUUAGAUCGUAAGUCUAAUUUGUACUUUUGCUACCCCCUACCCGCGCUGUUACAUUCAGAGUAUAAAUUCAUCAUAAUUAUUCAUGAUUUGAACGAAUAAAGCCCAAUCGUAAACAACUAGAUAAUCAAAUUACAACAUUACGUUACCAUUACAACUCAGCGAAUUAAUUAAUAAAAUUUAAUUUUUGUUUUUUUGUUUAAAUCAAAUUGAUAAGAAUUGGUAGUAACAAUUGGUGAGAAAUUUUAACAGAACAAACGGAAAUAUUUAACGAUCGAACACAAUUGGCAAAUUAAUAAUCGCCAGACAUAGAAACCAAAAACCACUUUUCUGUAUAGAAACCAUGUAAAACUAAAGUCAGACCAAAUUCUAGGACAAAAACACAUUGAUCCAGUGGUGGUCCUAUGUAACAUAUGUAACAUCGAAAUGAAUUUUCUAACCCGCAGCGCGGCAUUUUAGAAUACAAUGAAUUAGUAGACUUCAUAUGUAGUUCAGUGAUUAUGUUGAUACCUGCAGAAGGUAACAAAAAAGUUAAGUCUCACAUCAUUUAUUUGCCAAAUUAUGAGAAAAAAUGCAUAAAUUUCGAUUGUUUAGCAUUUGUUAACGUAAUUCGUUGUCCCAUUCAAACAAUAUAAUUGUCAUUUGCGUAUCAUUGGAGAAGGUGAUUUGGUCGCGUGUGUUGACUUAGGCCAAGUUCUGCGUUGUUUUAGGUUUAUUAUCAAUCGAUCAAUGAUAAACAAUUUUACUAUUGCUAAGGACACAAAAUGUUUUUCGGAACAGCUUGUGAACGCUGCCGUGUCGGCCAGUUCAAUAUUUUAUGAUCAAAUAUGUAGGUCACACAUUUUUAGUGUUCGUUUUUCUUGUAAACCUCACAGGGAUAAUUUCGAUAGGCAAAGUUCUUUACACAAUUUUUGAGGCUUGUGUACCUAAAAGAACCGUACAGAAGCCAAUUUUUGAGAAAUUGUUUUCUUAAAUUUUCUUGAAAUUUUUUGUCUAGAAUUCGGGGAAAUUCAUUAGAAAAUUCCUGAAAAUUUUCAAGAGACGUUGAUAAAAAAUUCUCUCAUAAAAAGGCCUCGUCAGAUAAUGCUUCCGAACAAACAAUAUCGACAUACGAAAUCCAUUUGUUUAUGCCGUCAUAAAACCUUACUGUUGCUUAAAAUUUCUCACCAAAAGCUUUCAGCCAACUUUUACUUAUAUUUGCGUACGUAAUAGAAAGAAAAUCGCGAAAAAAUGAAACUUUUACAUUGCAAACACACACGUUUGUUAUUUGAAGGAUCAGUUACCAUUAUCAUUACAAUUUUACUAUUUUUUUUCUUU